CCCAACAACAACCACCACUACAACACCAACCAACCCCUUUUGCAAAUUGCAAGUCAUAUAUAUAUCUAAACUACAAAUUUCAUUCAACACCCACCGCUACAAUUCCCCACCAAACCAUUUCCCGUUAUUGCAAGUCAGACACGCACAAACACAAAUUCGUAUCACACAGCAAACGCAGCUCCUGUAACGUAUAGUGCUAGAUUUUGGAGAAGUCAGACGACGAACAAUGGCGUCGUCUCUCCCUACCAAACAAUUUCUCGGGGCUCCAUCGGCUGGUUUCGGAUCUAUCCAAUCGUCGGAUAUCGGGAAGCUUUCGUCUCUCCAAAUCCCAUCUCGCCGAUCACAUCCCAAGAAACUCGAGAUUCAGGCUGCUGGGAGUACAUUUGGAACUUAUUUUCGAGUUACAACAUAUGGGGAAUCUCAUGGUGGGGGCGUUGGAUGUGUAAUUGAUGGAUGUCCACCUCGGCUUUCUAUCUCAGAAGCGGAUAUGCAAACUGAUCUUGACAGAAGGAGGCCAGGUCAGAGCAGAAUUACUACGCCUAGAAAAGAGACCGACACAUGCAAAAUAUAUUCAGGUGUUGCUGAAGGGGUGACUACCGGAACUCCAAUCAUGGUAAAUGUACCCAACACAGAUCAGAGAGGACAUGAUUAUCUUGAAAUGUCAAUGGCUUAUAGGCCUUCUCAUGCAGAUGCGACUUAUGACAUCAAGUAUGGUGUGAGAUCAAUUCAGGGUGGUGGUAGAUCUUCAGCCAGAGAAACCAUUGGUAGAGUUGCAGCUGGAGCUGUUGCUAAAAAAAUUCUCAAGCAAUUUUCAGGAACUGAGGUUCUUGCUUAUGUCUCCCAAGUCUACAACGUUGUACUUCCAGAGGACAAGGUAGAUCAUCAGACUCUGACACUCGAUCAGGUAGAGAGUAAUAUUGUAAGGUGCCCAAAUACUGAUUAUGCGGUUAAGAUGAUUGAAGCCAUUGACGCUGUCCGAGUGAGAGGGGAUUCUGUUGGUGGUGUUGUCACAUGCAUUGUGAGAAAUCCACCACGUGGGCUUGGUUCUCCAGUCUUUGAUAAACUUGAAUCUGAACUGGCUAAAGCUACUCUUUCAUUACCUGCUACAAAGGGCUUCGAGUUUGGAAGUGGCUUUGCAGGAACAUUUAUGACCGGGAGUGAGCAUAAUGAUGAGUUCUAUAUUGAUGAAAAUGGGCAAAUCAGGACAAGAACAAACCGCUCUGGUGGGAUACAGGGAGGUAUAUCCAAUGGAGAAAUCAUAAACAUGAGAAUAGCUUUUAAGCCUACAUCUACUAUUGGAAAGAAACAGAAUACAGUGACUAGGGAUAAACAAGAGACGGAGCUUAUAGCCCGCGGUCGCCAUGAUCCUUGUGUCGUUCCACGAGCGGUGCCAAUGGUGGAAGCCAUGGUAGCCCUAGUUCUUGUGGAUCAACUAUUGGCACAAUAUGCGCAAUGUCAUCUGCCUCUGACUAAUCCAGAAUUUAAGGAACCACCCAUGGAACCAAUACGCGAGUCAGCCGGCAUAAAUAUCUGAUUAUUGAGUGUAUUUGUGGCAUGAUUCAUAUUUUCUGUUUAAAGCUCUUGUUAUGACCCAUUACGAGUCAAAGGAUUAUUUAUCAACCAUUAUUUUUCCUUUGCUUGUUACAUUGAAUAAAUGAAUAAAACAAUUACUUUUUCCUGUAA